CAAACUCCCCCAAAACUGUGACAUAACGGGGUGGGGGUUUUUCCUUCUGGCCUAACCUCACUUAGGUCUCUCAAAUUAAUAAAAGAAUUAGGAAAACAUGAAAAAUACGGACGCUGCGAGGAUGAACCCCUGUCUCAAGGAGCAGGAGCAGACGUACAAGUGCUUUCACAAGAAUAACUUCGAUAAGGAAGCCUGUCAGUUGCACAUAGAAAACUACAAGUCUUGCAAGUCCUUCUGGAAUUUUGUAAAGUCGGAGCGAAUGAGAAAAGGCAUAAGGCCGGCUUUGCCCCCCGUUGAAGAGCGAGAACAAAUCAAACAGGAGUAUAUGAGCAGGUUUUCAACAAGUUAGCCUUUUUGCAACAUUUAUUUUCAAAAAAGAAAAACAUUUAACAAAGGUUUAUCAUAGUUCUAGUGAUAUGAUUGUUGUAAUUUGAAAUGAUCACAAUGGCACAUGUUAAUUUUAUUUAAAAAGUAAAAUUACAGGCAUGUUCUUUU